AUGCAGCUCUUCAUGAACGCAGUUUAUACGCGGUGAGUUCUACUGUCCCGACAACUGGUCCCGCUUUGGACAGCAGUGCUUCGUCUUCAUCGACAGCAUGAAGACGUGGACGGAGGCCGAGGGCUACUGCCUGUUCGAGGACGCCAACCUGGCGACCGUCCACUGUCCCGAGGAGAACCACUUCCUCCAGGCUCUGACCAGAGGGAACACCCACGACUUCCCCGUGACCUGGAUCGGGGGCUACGACGCCAUUUAUAUGAAUAACUGGAUGUGGACCGACGGCUCCAAGUUCGACUAUGAAAACUGGGCCGUGGACUACGAGCCGAAGAGGACGCAGAGCUGCCUGAAGAUGAAUUAUGGAUAUCAGAAGAAGUGGAUCAACGGCCACUGCAACGACACGCUGCCCUUCAUCUGUGCCAAGAUGAUGUGACACCAGCCGGGUCAACAGCUGGAGCUCCACCUGCCAAGUCCUGGUCCACCUGCCAAGUCCUGGUCCACCUGCCAAGUCCUGGUCCACCUACCAAGUCCUGGUCCACCUGCCAAGUCCUGGUCCACCUACCAAGUCCUGGUCUACCUGCCAAGUCCUGGUCCGCCUGCCAAGUCCUGGUCCGCCUGCCAAGUCCUGGUCCAGGUCUAUUAACCUCCUUUUGGCUUCAACACAACCCCAGAAUUGAAAUUCUAAAAUCAUUAAACCCACAGUAGUGAAUUCUGUCUGAGAUCAAUAUGAAUGUACCAGGAGUCACGUGUUGAUUCAUCUUUUAGUUUGUAGAGCCAAAUUACAAUGCAAACAAUAAUAACAUGUCUAUAAAUAGAAUACAGAACAAUAAUGU